AUGACUAUCCAGUCAUUGCGUGAAAUCAACGCGCAUAAUCUACGCACUUUCAAGCGCCACUAUGUCUCCGAGAUCUCAGGCUCGCUUGGCGAUCUAGGCACAUUCCUGCCUAUCGCGAUCGCACUAGCUGUCAACGGCACCGUCUCCCUCGCCAGCACCUUGAUUUUCUCGGGGAUUUUCAAUAUUCUCACGGGUGUGUUCUUCGGGAUUCCGCUGCCAGUCCAGCCUAUGAAGGCCAUCGCCGCAGUGGCCAUCGCGCGUAGUUUCUCAAAUGGCACGAUCGCAGCGGCGGGGAUCUUCGUCGGCGCCUGUAUCCUUGUCUUCAGCGUUACGGGGAUCUUGCACUGGUUUGCCCGUGCGAUUCCUAUCCCAGUUAUCAAAGGUAUCCAAGUUGGGGCGGGAUUAUCCCUGAUUAUCGCGGCCUGCAGCAGCAUGCUCCAUCCCUUGGGCUGGUUCAGCCCUUCCUGGGCCGAUAACCGUAUAUGGGCAGUUGCUGCAUUUGUAGUACUUCUGCUCACCAAUAUUUAUCGUCAAGUACCCUAUGCGAUCGGCGUAUUAGCGCUGGGUCUGGUCUUUGCUAUCAUUCGGACAGCAAUGGCAGGGCACAUGCCCAAUUUCGAGGUGUGGCGUCCUUUCGCUCUGGUUCCGACCCCGCUUCAAUGGCGUGUCGGUGCUGUGGAUGCUGGUAUCGGCCAAAUUCCUCUUACCACUCUCAACUCCAUCGUGGCGGUGGUCUCCUUGGCGCAUGAUCUGCUCCCGAAGGUGCGCACUCCAUCCGUCACUCACAUUGGUCUGAGUGUGGCCGGCAUGAACUUGAUUGGUUGCUGGUUUGGUGCUAUGCCCGUCUGCCAUGGAUCUGGGGGCCUCGCCGCACAAUAUCGGUUCGGAGCUCGCUCAGGAGCAAGUGUGAUCUUCCUCGGCCUGUUAAAACUGCUCAUCGGCCUCCUAUUCGGAGAGACCUUGGUUGACCUUCUCAAGCGGUUCCCUACAGCCUUGCUCGGUGUGAUGGUUAUUGCAGCUGGGGCAGAGCUGCUUAGCGUGGGCGAGAGCCUCAAUACCACUGGUGCUCAGGACCUCAGCCAAGCCGGUAGUGGGCUUUUGGCAAAUACGGGGCAGCAUAUUGGCCCUGUUCUCACAGAUGAAGAGCGUAGUCGCCGCUGGACUGUCAUGAUGGUCACUGUGGGAUUGCUAGUAGGGUUCAAAAAUGACGCGGUCGGCUUUGUUGCUGGUAUGCUUUGUCACUGGUCCUAUGAGAUUCCCGGAUGGUGGCAGAAGGCGUGUAGCCGCUGGUCAGAGGGACGCUUACGUCUACGUGACUAG